AUUUCUAUGUGGAAUUCAGUAGGAUUACUUAGCAAACUCCAGUUAAAUUCUUCUAUUGGGUACUAAUAUAACAAGCUUUGGUACUUUCUAACGGUCUCUCUUUAGAACAGAAUCGUCCUUGUUCCGUUAUUCUUUUCCCGGGAGGAGAGAUGCCAGAGUGGGUCUUCCCUGUUGAAGAUGAUUUCGUGUCUUUCAUGGCUUCAGCGAACUUGUAUGAUAAGUUCAUUGGAUUUGUUCUCUGCGUUGUUCUCGGUAAUGAUGAACAGCAAGGCGAACACUCAUUUGAGGUUGUACUACAUGCCAAUGACAAAAGUUGGGCUUACAAUGAAAAGACUUUUGAUGCGUUGGAUUCGGAUCAUAUUUGGCUUCAUUAUCGCAUGUCAGAUUGGCUUCGGGGAAGAGUCGAUUUUGGUCAAAAUGGUGAGAGUAAUGUACGAUUUUUGCUUACCAUGUCGAGUACAAACGUGAGAAAGUGGGGAUUCCGAAUAAUAUGCAAGCCACUAGAAGACGAUUUGAAGGCCGUGCUUCAAGACAAUCGGCUAAUGGAUCCAGCUUUACUCUAUGAGAUUGGGCAUGAAUCAACAGACUCAGAAGCUGAGAGUUCACAUAUGCAUGAAGAUAGUUCGAUCGAAACAGAUCUACAGAAAGACUUGCAAGACUGUCAACUGAGUACUGACAAACAUAGUCAAAUUGUAUCAAAGAGAAAUCAUAAGCUUAUUCUCCCCCAAGGCAUGCAAACCAGCGCAAUGUCGACUGCCAAUUCGACUGGCCGAGGUGAGCAUGGUAGUGUUGGCUUGCAGCUGUUGUUAGAAUGAUCGAAACUUGCCGAGGAAGCAAUUCGCGGUGGUUCCCACUUUUACUCAUACUUCAACAUUGAAGUAUUUUAUGUGCCCACUCCAAAUAGUGUUGACUUUGCCAGCUACAACAAUGGGAAUGAUCA